AUGUCGAAGGACCAGGCCGGCAUCCGACGCGCCUUGGAACAGGCCCGGAACUGCGAGGAUGGGGCAGUGGAUCCGCAAACCACCGCGAUCCUCGAGGCGGCUAUCACCGAGCUAUGGACUCGCAUCCAGGCCGAUCCAGAUAACUAUGUGCUCAGCCGCGAUGAGUUCGCGCUCUUCAAUUAUUUUCUCGAGCGCUACCGCGGCUCGACCGUCGCUCAGCGGGCUGUGGCGCGAUUCUGGAACAACUACCAGGGCUCCCCCAAUACUGGGGGCAAGAAAUAA